GCAGUGGCAAAUCAGCCCCUCUCUUAACGCUUCCGUUAAUAUUUAACAGUUCACCCAUCAGCCGUUCCCCUAGGUCUAACGUGGCCUUUUUUUUGCUGAGAUGGAGGUGCCACCUGGACAAAUACCUCAAUCCAACCCCAAAAUAAAAGCCCAUAUAACCUGCUCCAUUCUUCAACAGCUUAACAACCUUGUUAACCCUUGUUUUGUUCUCUUCGAGGAGCCCAAGCAAAGAUGAAGAAAGGGGAAAUCCAGGGAAAGAAGAUGCAGAACUGUGAGCUGUGCGAAGGCGCCGCCGGAAUAUACUGUGAGUCCGACCAGGCGAGUCUGUGUUGGGACUGUGACGGAAAAGUGCAUGGCGCGAACUUUCUGGUGGCAAAGCACACGAGGAGUCUUCUCUGCCACUCCUGUCAAAGUUGCUGAAUUUGUGUAUGAGAUUUCUUUGGUUUAUGGUGUUUUUGCUCUCUUGUUCUGGGUCUCUUUAGUGGUUUAGAUGGUUAAUGCAAUUCUUUGCUUGUUUGCAUUUUCAUUUCUAUUGUUGGACCUAAUCUUAUGGUUCACCUCUUUAUUAGGAAUGUUAGGCAAUGGGAACUCAGUCCCAAAUUGAGAAUGCGUAUGAUUGAGAUGCUUCUAAUUGAUUCUGCUAUUUUUUUUUCUUAAUUAAUAUGCUUCUAAUUUGCUGAUCAAAUAUAUACAUGUAGAGAGAGAGAGAAACGAUCCAUACAUUUCCUUCUACAUUUAUCUGCUUCUGCAAUUUAUCCAUACUUUACCUUCUGCAUUUGUUUUACUAAAAUCAACUAGACCCA